GUCGGACAGACCCUUACGGAUAGAUCGGAAUAUCGGAGCGGUCCCUCUGCUCGGCCUUCAUAUCGGCUGACAUCACUACAAUCCCCUUAAGUCCCACUCAGGCAACUAGAGGCGGCGUACUCGUAAGGUACAGAGCUAUCCACCAAGCUCUCCAGACUUCUAUUCACUUCCUACAGUACUAGUAUUCGCCUUCAACGUCUAAAUCCAAAUAAAUUCAACCCACAUCCACCUCAAAUUCUUCCACAACCUGCAACAACAUAUCCCUCCCGCAUCUGUGUCCUUUUGGUGGUUUUCGCACCCGUAGCAUUCAAGGUCCGGUCGACUACCCCUCCACGAUUGAUACAACCAACGAGAGGAACAACCUCUGCAUAACAGAUCGAGAUGCUCAUUCGAGCCAGAGGUCCAGAUGGCACAUUCAGAAUCACAGUGGAGCCAGCAGAUACUUUUGCUGAUUUUGCGAGAAAGGUUGGUGGUUCUUAGAUCGUGCAUGUAGAGACUCCCUUACUGAUCAAGCCCAGCUUUCCGAGCACUUGCCAAAAAAUGUCGACUACAAUACGCUUACGCUUUCGAAUAAACCCUUCGCGGGAGGAGAUACGAAGCUUUUGAAAGAAAUUGCGGGUUUCAAGGUAUCGCAGAUUGGCAUGAAGUAAUAACCUCUCAUUCAAACAAAACUACCGAUGUUUGCUAACCUUUGAUCUACAGCCACGGCGAUAUGGUGUUCAUCAACUACAAGACCGCAGACAACUUGGCAAACGGAAAUGCGAAUGGCGAUAACUCAACCCCAGCAAAUUCUUCAGGCUUGCUCACCAGUUCGAAUAGGUUGAAUGGGCAAGCAGUCUUACCAAACGCAGACUUACCAGUUGAUCCAACACAGCUCGCUGCUACAAGCUCAUCAGAGAAGAUUAAGAACCCUUGGGAGGUUGUCAAGCAGAAUCCGGUAGACGAUAGGCUAGACAAGCAAGAUGGUAGAAUACCUCGAAAACGAGACCCAAAGAUGUGUAGGCAUGGAGAUCGAGGAGCAUGCGAUUAUUGUACUCCCUUGGAACCAUACAAUGCCGACUAUUUGAAGGAGAAGAAAAUCAAGAAUCCGUCAUUUCACUCAUAUCUGCGCAAGAUCAAUUCUGCCACCAACAAGCCUGAACUAGGAAGCUCAUUUAUGCCACCACUUAGCGAACCAUACUACCGCGUCAAGCCAAACUGCCCAAGUGGCCACCCUCAAUUUCCUCUAGGAAUAUGCACCAAGUGCCAACCUAGUGCAAUCACACUACAGCCUCAACCCUUCCGAAUGGUCGACCAUGUUGAAUUUGCGGACGCUUCGAUUGUGGACGGAUUAUUGGAUUUCUGGAGACGAACGGGCGCGCAGAGAAUCGGCUACAUGUAUGGUCGGUAUGCUGAGUAUACCGAAGUUCCACUUGGUAUAAAGGCAGUGGUUGAAGCUAUCUACGAGCCUCCCCAGGUAGAUGAACUGGAUGGUGUUACCCUAGCUGAGUGGGACAACGAGAAGGAAGUUGAUGAAGUUGCAAGACUUUGUGGACUGCAAAGAGUGGGUGUCAUUUGGACUGAUUUAUUAGAUGCCGGUGCAGGUGACGGUUCGGUACUGUGUAAACGCCAUUUCGAUUCAUACUAUCUAUCAUCUCUCGAGAUUGCCUUCGCUACUAGAUUACAAGCACAGCACCCUAAGCCUACAAAAUGGAGCGACACUGGAAAAUUCGGCUCCAAUUUCGUAACGUGUGUGGUUACUGGAGAUGAGUCUGGCCAAAUUUCAAUCUCUGCGUACCAAGCUUCAAAUUCUGCCGUCGAGAUGGUGCGAGCGGACAUUGUGGAGCCAUCUGUUGACCCUUCAGUCAUGCUUGUCCGCAGCGAGGAAGAUGAUGAUGGUUCUGUGAGUAAAACACGUUACAUUCCCGAAGUAUUUUUCCGAAAAAUCAACGAGUAUGGUGCACAAGUACAGGAAAAUGCCAAACCUUCAUUUCCUGUUGAAUAUCUUCUAGUCACACUUACCCACGGCUUUCCCACGCAAUCCAAUCCUCAAUUCAAGGCGAAGACACCAGGUUUCCCUAUCGAAAAUCGAUCAGUCUUGGGUCAAGCCCAAGAUCUAGGAGACGUUAGCCGACAGUUGGGCUUGGACAAAAACGGGGAGCUCAAGAAGGCAGACGAAGGGAUUGCCGCAGUCUCUGAUUUCCAUCUCCUCUGCUUCCUUCAUGGCUAUGGUGUCUUGAGCAAGGUAAAUUUUUAAAAUAUGAAGCCCCAUUUUUGACCGGAGACUAACAAUUUUUCAGGAUGAAGAGGCUCUUCUCUGUAGGGUCGCCUCUCAACAUGACCUCGCUGAUGGCUACCAAUUGCUGUCAACACCUGGUUGGGCUACAUUACUUGCAAUAUUACAAUCGACUGGUGAGAGACCCCCCAAACGACCAUCGCCAUCAAGCGGUGAUGGUAGCGACGAUCGGCUUGCUAAAAAGGUUGGGAGGGUAAGGCUAGAUUAGAGUAAAUAUUCUUUCUUCUAGCUUUGAUCUUCAAAACACAUAUAGGCCUGCCGGACGGACGGACGGACGAGCUAGAUUGGGUCGUCCUAGGUAGAUCAGGGAUCUUUGGGUUUCGUUUUUGGGGGUUCUUAUCAAUAUUGAGCUAAGUAGUGGGUACGAUGUGAUGGAUGGCUGUCAUUUGGACGGGCGUUAUUUGCAAGGCACAAAGAAGGGCGCAGGGGAACUAGGCUCAACUAGCGCAGCAUUGCAUUGCUGGAGCUUAAAAUAAUAAUGAUUGAGAUAAACUGUAGAACCAACUCUUGAAAAC